AUGGAGUUAGGAAGGUGGCUCAUACAUGCUUGUACAAUAUCGAUUGUGCUUCUUCUGCAUAUCAACGCUUCCUUAUCCCUCGGUCACCACCAUGCUAACUUGACGGCGAGGUGCCUUGAGAGGGAGAGGGAUGCACUCCUUGCUAUCAAAGGAGACCUGGUGGAUGAAUACAACCUGCUCUCUUCGUGGGGAAGCGAAGACUGUUGCCGAUGGGAAAGAGUCCAUUGUGAUCCCCACACUGGCCAUGUUAUUCAACUUCAUCUGGGAGGAGUAUGGCUAGGUGAGUACAUAUCCAAAACUUUCCAAGGUGAAAUUAGUCCUAAAAUCAUUGAGUUGCAGUAUUUGGAAUAUUUGGACCUCAGUCACAAUUUUUUCAAUGCCACCCAAAUUCCAGCACUCAUUUGUUCUCUGUCCAACUUAAGACACCUAGAUCUCCAUUUCAAUCCCCUCAUCGGGAGCAAAAUUCCAAAGCUCAUUGGUAAUCUGACCAAUUUAAGGUAUCUAGAUCUCUCUUGGAAUUCCUUGGGUGAUGAAACUCCAGUUCCAUAUCAUCAACUUGGAAACCUUACUCGCUUGCAAUAUCUCAAUCUCAGGCAUACUUACCACACUCAUGUUGUAGAAAACCUCAAUUGGCUCCCACAUCUUUCUUCUUUGAAAUACCUAGACUUGAGUUGGACCAAUCUGAGUAAGGCUUUUGAUUGGCUGGACACGGUAAACAAGCUCCCCAAUCUAAGAAACUUGACACUAAAUGGAUGUGAUCUUCCUCCUCCAAUUCUUUCUACUCUUUCUCACAUCAAUUCUUCCAAUUCUCUUGUUAGUGUUGACUUGUCUGGUAAUGUUGUCACUUCUUCAAUAUUCAAAUGGUUAUGCAACUACAAUACCACCCUUGUAUAUCUUGACCUUUCGUCCACUCAAUUAAGUGGUUUGAUUCCUGAUGUUUUCAUAAACAUGAGAUCACUGAAAAGUCUUUACCUCUCUUCCAACCAAUUAAGUGGUUCGAAUCCUGAUGUUUUCAGAAACAUGAGCUCACUUGAAUUUCUAUCACUCUCUUACAACCAAUUAAGUGGUCUGGGCCCCAAUACUUUCGCAAACAUGAGUUCACUUGCAUAUCUUGACCUCUCUUCCAACCAAUUAAGCGGUUUGAAUCCCAAUGCUUUCGCAAACAUGAGCUCACUUGCAGGACUUGACCUCUCUUUCAACCAAUUAAGCGGUUUGAAUCCCAAUACUUUCGCAAACAUGAGCUCCCUUGCAUCUCUUGACCUCUCUUCCAACCAAUUAAGCGGUUUGAAUCCCAAUGCUUUCGCAAACAUGAGCUCACUUGCAGGACUUGACCUCUCUUUCAACCAAUUAAGCGGUUUGAAUCCCAAUACUUUCGCAAACAUGAGCUCCCUUGCAUAUCUUGACCUCUCUUAUAACCCACUUGAAUUAGGAGAGAUCCCAACAUUCAUUGCCCAGUUAUGCAGUUUGCAACAUCUAUCCAUGUUAGGUUGUAAUCUGACUGGACAACUUUCUGAGUCCGUUCAAAGAUGGUCCACAUGUCCUCAAAACCCAAUCCAGUCUUUAGAUCUUUCUAAUAAUGAUCUUGCUGGGUCAUUUCCUAAUUUUACAAACUUUUCAUCAUUGAAGAAGUUAUAUCUCUCUAGAAAUAUGUUGACCGGAAUGGUUCCGGAUAGUAUUGGAAAGUUGUCUUCUUUGAGAUCGUUAUUUGUCGAUGAAAAUCAAUUAAGAUGGAGCAUACCGGAAAGUAUUGGGGAACUCUCUCGUUUGCAAUACUAG